CAGCAGGCUGGAUGUGUCCCAUGGGCUGUAUUUUGCCCAGGCCUGAGUUAGGGGGAGUAACUAUUGGUAACAACCACAAGGUAGAGUGUGCUUGUGUGUGAGUGUAAUACGUUAUAUGAACAUAAGUGUUGAUUGCUGUAUGUAUUACCAAUAAAUGUGGUGUUUUGCCUUUUCCCCCCUGAAAAGAUCCCAUGCAGUACUUUUAAGUACAACAGUUUGAAAUCUACCAUACCAUUCUUUCACUAGAAGAGAAAACCUAUGCAGCAGGCUGUGAAAGAGCCCCAGUUUGGGAAUAUUUUAAUACAGUUUCUCUGACUGUGGGUAAGAUAGACAUGCAUGUAAAAUGCAAAGUGUGCAACAAAAAAAUGCAAGUCCUGGUUGCCUGAAUGAAACAACAUCAUGAAAAGUGUUCCCUCAGGAGCAAUCUUCACUGAAGAUGAUGACAGGAAUGUGUCUAAACAUGCAGCAUCUUCAAGUUGGUAAACGUUUUUUCUUUCAUACUUCGUUGUUAAGGACGACUUGUCUUCCUUCUGGACUAUUCUUGAAUUCUCACGUUUAAACAAAAAAUAUAGUUGUCAUUGUUGAUGCAGGUGUGAUACAAAAUAAAUAGCUGAAAUAGGCAGAUCUUUUACAGUUUCACUUUCAAAGUAGUGCUGGAUGAGUGUCAAAUGCAAUUAGUUAUACUAAGUGAGCAGUAUGGUAAUAAUUAAAUAACUGCAUUGACUUAUUUUGUUUAGGAGACGCCAUCCUCAAAAUACAGGAUUCUGAAGACUCUCCAUCUUCAAGAUCACCAUCAUUUUCUAUAGUUUCAGAAUGAUCUGCCAAUGAUAGGGUUUCGGUCACAUUCUGUAUGUCACAUAGCCCACACCUGUAGGAAAAAGGGGGGGGGGGAAUCUCCGUCAUCACAAACUUAUCUAUGGUUAUUUCUGGAUAAGUACUAGCAGAUUGCAAAAAGAGGUAAUUGAUGAAAAAAAUUGCCUGAUUUGUUUAUGCAACAAGCUCUUCUUCCUGUACGACUGAGAACCCACACUUCAUUAAUAUGGCUCAGUUAUUAAGAGUAGGAUACAGUCCACCCAACAUAGCAGAUGUUGUGGGCAAAUUGCUGGAUAAAAUGUAUGAAAGAGAAAUUGAUCCACGUGCAAAAAGUCUACAUGGGUAAAAUUGUUAACCUGCAUCUUGAUGGGAAGAGCAAUGUCCACAACGAUCCUGUUGAAUGUGCUUGUGCGACACCAGAAGAGGGGAAUGGCUACAGCAGAAUACUUACAAGAAUUAGCAGUCUCUGAAAAAAAUUCAAAUGUCUUGGUCACAGGCGAUGCUGUAAAUGUCCAAGAUGAGAAGAAAUGUAGGAGAAUGAAGAGUCCCAGGCUAAUAACAUGGUUGCAGUGCUCAUUUGAUGUACCUCUGCCAAAGACUUCAGUGUCCUAGAAAUGAGGGCUAAUGUUGAAAUUGCAAAAUACUUUCGUAACAACCACUUUGCAGCAGCUGAUCUGAAAAAAGUGGAAGGAAGCAAACUAACCCUCCCACAAGACGUGUGAUGGAACUCAGUCGUAGGCUGUUUUGAGUACUCUAUCUAGAGCUGGCCUAAUCUAAUGACAGUUUGUGAAAAAAAUGGUGGAAAAAAUGGAUGACAGUCACUGCCGAGAUUCUCAACGUUGGGCUUAAGAGAAUUGCUGAGUACCCUGACGUCUGUUUCUAUAGCCCUAGUUUUAUUGCUGAUGUUCGUGACAUUUGGAAGGAACAGUGAGAACUUAAAAGGAGAAAUAUGCAAUGACAGUUAAAUUACAAGCAUUAAUACGAAUGGGACAAGCACUGUCUCCAGCUCAUUUUCAUGGAAAUAUUCUCAAUACUUGGCACCAGGGUGAAACCUUAACUGCUGAAGAAGAGGAGUUGGCUGACAUGGGCAUCGAGCAGUCCUCCCUCCCUAAUGCCAACUACAAUAAAUUUCAGAUCUAAGGGUAAACCAUUCAGGAAAUAUGUUUGCUGAUGAUGAUUUAAAGGAAGUCACCUGAGUGAACUGGUGGAAGUCACUUAAGCAUGUGGAUUCAGAGACUGUAGAAGUGACAAUUGAAGUGACUGUUCAACUUAUUCAUAAAUGAUCUGGAGAAAGGGGUGAUCGCUGUGGUUAUGGAUUCCUUCACAGAUCCGGAUAUCUUCAGCGAUCUUCAGGAGGCCUAUACAAAGCGGAAGAUUCCAGUCUACAUCCUUCUGGACCAAGAUUUUCUACCCCACUUCAUGGAAAUGUGCAAAAGUCUAAGAGUCUGUCCUGAGCAGGAAGGUCUGCUGAGUGUUCGAACUAUAACAGGGAACACUUACUACACAAGAUCAGGAGCCAGAAUUGUUGGGAAAGUCCACGAGAAGUUCAUGUUAAUUGAUGCCAUUAAAGUGACAACAGGUUCCUAUAGCUUCACAUGGACUGAUGGGAAAUUAAACAGCAGUAACUUGUUGCUGCUGUCAGGCCAAGUGGUUGAACAUUUUGACCUGCAGUUCAGGAUCCUUUAUGCCCAGUCAAAGCCAAUCAGCUCUAAGGUGACAUCCAGCUGCAGGAGCAGUGGGCUAUUUGAUCACCUGGUCAAUGGAACAAUAUCACCUAAAGACUAUGCUGAAGGAAACCUGUUGAGAGCAGAGGUGGCCAGACUGUCUAGCACCCCCAAGAAACCAUUGAAAACCACAGAUUUGGCUACUGAUGCUGAAGGAAGCAAACCCGAUAACCUGGGGCCUUCCUGUGCUGGUAAAGAGGGGUGGUUUGGAAGUCAGGAGGCCAUAAUGGAACCAAAGGAGGUGAACAGCACGUCGACUCAAACUGAACAUUGGGAGAAGCCCACAGUGACUCUGUCUAAUGCUGUCACGCAAACCAGUGUUGUAAUGGUAGCGUGUGGAACCCAAACCUCUGUUGGUGCUAGAACAACUGGCACUCAAACAGCAGUGCCACAGAAGACAGCCAUGACACAGACAGACGAGAAGGGGAGCGUAGAAGAGGCUCUCCUUCAGAGACAACAAUCAAAAGAAGGAUCGCCUUCCUCUGGAAACUCCACAUCAACUUCUUCCAGUCUACGGUCACUUUCUUCAUCAUCUUCCCAAUGUUCUCUGGCAAGCUCUACCAGCUCGCUGUCCUCUCUGAGGUCCAGUAAAUACUCUGGCCACCAGAGGGCAGAGUACUUCCAAACACUACACAAAGAGAGGCAGUUCCACUACUCUGUUAUCCGGUCCAAACUUAACCAUAUGGUUGCUGUCCUCUCCCGAAGGGGACGUGUGCCUGAAAACUAUACAAGCUGCCACAUAAAACAUAGUCAUGGAAUGAGCACCAGCCUACUCAGCCUCAGAGACGUUUCGCUGUUCAAAUAAGUGACUGCUGAGUUGGCUAUAAACACAAGACUUGCAGGAUCACUGCAUAGCUCUUUUUAAUAGCUGCUUGUUGAUGUAUGUAUGAGGAGGGUGGUAACUAGCCAGCAUUGUUGUCUCAUUCUAUGCAACUUGUUAAACAGGGAACUGAAAUAUUUAGUCACCACUUGCUUUUUUUAUAUGUAGUGGCAGUAAAAUUUUAUAUGUAGUGUCUAUGGAGGUUCACCCCUCUGUUCCUUGUUAGACCAUCACUGACAAAAUCUACAAUUUAGUGUUCAUAGCACUGUCAGCAUUAUGAUUGUAACUUAUUUAUAAUCAGAACAGUUGUUAUUAAGUCAAAAGGAUUCUGUUUACACUGGGUUCUGAGAUCUUAUUCUGACUUCCACUAAUCAGUGCAAUUCAUGUUAAUGUUGAGUUUCAUUUUAACUUUUCUUUUGAAAAUAAAACAACUUUUAAAAAGCAAUGUGGGAAAAUAGUUACUCAAAUGUGCAAUACACAAGGCUAAUGCUUUGUUUCUAGUUGGACUUCAGUGAUGAAUUAAGAUAGUAUGGGUUUAUCGCUGUUGCAUGAUAGUCGUAAGGUCCCUACAUAAAAGAUUGAGUGGUUUUCUUUUCUGUUUAACUCCAAACUAAUGAAACUCACUGGAGUGGUACUGAACUAGCCAGUGUUCCAGCUUCAUCAGUCUUUUG